UCAAGGACAAGCACUGUUGAACUCUUCAGGUCACUUCUUGUCCGGAGGGCUGGACCCAGCAUUAAAAACCUCGAUCUGCUACGACUUUCAGAAGUAUGAGCGGCAGAUCCUGGACAAGAAGGAAGUCAAGGAUAUCGACGACUCUCGACCAUUACUCCACAACAGCCAAAAACCACAAUCAGCAAAUACUGAAACAAACAUUGCCCCCAUUUGCAAUAGAGGUCCCAGAGGUCACGAUCACGAGAAAAGGACGCGGUUUUCAAAGCGGAGAUCAAAGAGGCGAUGGUGUUCACGGCAGCUCGUUCGACAAGCUGAAUUCGAACGACGAUAGUGCAUCCGGCAGGGCAUUAAAAUCUGUUGAGGGCUGGAUUGUGUUGAUCACAGGAGUUCACGAGGAAGCGACCGAGGAAGACAUCCAGGACAAGUUCGGGGAGUUUGGAGAGAUUAAGAACGUGCAUCUUAACUUGGAUCGUCGCACAGGAUACGUCAAGGGAUACGCAUUGAUCGAAUAUGAAAAGUUUUCGGAAGCGGAGGCAGCCAUCGCAGGCAUGAACGGAUCAAAGCUUCUAGACCAGACCUUAGCCUGUGACUUUGCUUUCGUAAAGCCCAAUUCCCAUGAUGAUCGUGGACGCAGAGGAUUCACAUCCCGUAGUAGAGGAGGUUACAAUGGACGUCGCUCAGGUCGCUCCAGCAGUCCGGGUCGUCGCUAAGCAACAACACCUCCAGAAAGAGCAGGAAGAACACUGCUCCACGUAAUAAAAUCAGAGGAAUAAUCUAUUUGACUAUUUGACAACCCGGGUUGCCGCUGCUAUUUGGCAACCCCUAUACUAACUCCAUGUAAGGCCAACAUUUUUUAA